AUGCUGCUUUGCCCUAAGGGAGACCCGAAUGCACUUGACAUCCCUACCCCGCGCAUUUACGCUGAGGCGAUCGUGGGUGAGUACUCCUCUCAGUGGCAGACAGCCAUGGAUGCAGAGAUGGGUUCCUGGAAGUCCACAGGCACCUACGUCGACGAGGUUCCUCCUACUCGGGCGAAAAUCGUCGAUGGCAUGUGGAUUUUCAUAGUGAAGCGGUCGUCGGGUUCUCUGCCUGUCUUCAAGGCGCGUAAUGUUGCUCGAGGCUUCAGUCAGCGACAGGGGGUCGACUACUUCCAGACCUUCUUACCCACCCUGAAGAUGACUACUCUUCAGGUGUUGCUUCACGUUACAGCACAGCGUGACUACGAGCUGCACUUCCUCGACUUCUCCACAGCUUUCUUGCAGGGCAGCCUUCACGAGGAGAUCUGGCUGCGCCGCCCACCUGGCUUCACUGGGUCGUUUCCUGCGGGUACCCAGUGGAGUCUCCGGUGGCCAGUCUAUGGUCUCCGCCUGGCGCCCCGGGAGUGGCACGACACACUGAGGACGACACUUGCGGCUCUUGGGUUUUCUCCUUCCCCAGCUGACCCGUCGCUGUUUCUACGCACCGACAUUACCCUGACGCCAUUCUAUGUUCUCGUGUACGUCGACGACUUGGUCUUUGCAACUGGUGACACUGAGGAGCUGGCCCUAGUGAAGGCGGAGCUGCAUGAGAGACACACCUGCACUGACUUGGGUCCUCCAGCGGUUCGGCUUCCAGUUCUCCUCGCCACAGCCUACUCCUCUGCCUACAGGCCACUCGCUCUCAGCUCCACCUUCAGACGAGUCCGUAGAGUCGAGUGGUCCACUCGUUCUUCUUCUAUGCUUGGUUCCAGCAGUGAGGCCGAGAUCUACGCUGGGGCUAUGGCCGCACAGGAGCUACGCGGACUGACCUACUUGCUGGCCGACUUGGGGGAGUGGCCUCGUUCUCCUCCAGUUCUGUACGUCGACAACAAGGCCAUGCUUGCCUUGUGUCACGAGUAG